AUGCUCGCUCUCCAAUCUGCUGUCCGUAAGUCUGCUGUCAAAGUGGCUGCUGCUACUGCCACUUUAGCCCGUCCUGCUGCUACUGCCACCAUGGCCAAGGCCAACUAUACCAGCAACUCGAGAAUCACAGUUGAGAACCCAGUUGUUGACUUGGAUGGUGAUGAAAUGACUCGUAUUAUUUGGGCUGAUAUCAAGGAUAAGCUUAUUUUGCCUUACUUGAACCUGGAUAUCAAGUACUAUGAUCUUGGUAUGGAAUACCGUGACCAGACUGAUGAUCAAGUCACCAUUGAUGCUGCUGAAGCCAUCAAAAAGUACAAUGUUGGUAUCAAGUGUGCUACUAUCACUCCUGAUGAGGCUCGUGUUGAAGAAUUCAAAUUGAAAAAGAUGUGGAAAUCACCCAAUGGUACCAUCCGUAAUAUUUUGAACGGUACAGUUUUCCGCGAGCCUAUUAUUUUGGACAAUAUCCCUCGUAUUGUCCCUGGCUGGACUGAGCCUAUUGUCAUUGGUCGUCAUGCAUUUGGUGAUCAAUAUCGCUCAACUGACUUUGUAACCGAUAAAGCAGGAAAGUUUGAAAUGUCAUUCACUCCUGCUGAUGGAUCAGAGCCUAAAAAGUGGACUGUCUUUGAUUUCCCUCAAAAUGGUGGUGUUGGUAUGGCCAUGUACAAUACCAAUGACUCUAUCUCUGGCUUUGCUCAUAGUUGUUUCCAAAUGGCUCUUACCAAGAAGAUGCCUCUCUACCUCAGCACCAAAAACACCAUCUUGAAGGCCUAUGAUGGUCGUUUCAAGGACAUUUUCGAAGAGAUCUAUCAAAAAGACUAUCGCAAAGACUUUGAGAAGGCUGAUUUAUGGUACGAACAUCGCUUGAUCGACGACAUGGUCGCUCAAGCCCUCAAAUCAAAGGGCGGUUUUGUUUGGGCAUGCAAGAACUACGAUGGUGAUGUUCAAUCUGACAUUUUGGCCCAAGGCUAUGGAUCUCUUGGUUUGAUGACCUCUGUUUUAAUCACACCCGAUGGUAAGACCAUGGAAGCCGAGGCUGCUCAUGGUACUGUUACAAGACAUUAUCGUGAAUACCAAAAGGGUAAUCCUACAUCUACUAACCCUAUCGCUUCCAUUUUUGCCUGGUCCAGAGGUUUGAACCACCGCGCCAACUUGGAUAACAAUGGCGCCUUGAAGAAGUUCACCUUUGAUCUCGAGCAAGCCUGUAUUGAUGCUGUCCAAAGAGACAAUGUCAUGACUAAGGAUUUAGCUUUGGCUAUUCAUGGUAAAAAUCUUAAGCCCGAGCAUUACGUUACUACUGCCGAAUACAUGAAGCGUGUCAAGGAAAAUCUCGACAGCUCUCUGUCUGCUUAA